AUGGGGCAAAGGAUAAACAUGUCCCUAAAACCAAAUUUUAGAUCUGGAUACUUGUCAAAGAACCCAUUAAGGCCCAUUAAAUCAUUCAUCACGAACUCCACACACCAUCGUCGAUGACGGCCCUACGUAAGGGUGAUCAUGGUAGAUACAUAUGACGUUAAAGGUGGUAAUGAUGCCCAAAUAAGCUGCGAUCUCUAUGUCAAAAAAAUCAUUCAUCGUUUUCUAGAUUAUCAACAUAAAUCAGAAGGAAGAGGAGUAAACCGUGGUUUUUUAUUUUAAGCUACGCAAUAACCAGACGACAAAACCAAAAUUUUAUUUUAAGCCUGCCACUUUGAACGAGUCACUGGCGAUCAUAUCUCGAAACGAGGAGAAUGUCGAAGGCCUUAAAAGCUCGACGGCGGUGCCAUACGCGGAUUGUACAUCUAAUUCCCCGCUCCCCACCCACUGA